AUGCUUCUCAACCAGACUCCUCGCGCGAGCCUGCGCAUCGCUUUUGCCUCGACACAACAAGUCCGCCAUGCUUCACUGAUGCGCCGCCCCAAGCGACCAUACACCUUCACCCAACUCGUCACUCUCUCCGACGGCAGCACCUUUGUCCAGCGCACCACUAGCCCGCAGCCCGUAUACCGUAGCACAAAAGAUGUGCGCAACAACCCACUCUGGAACCCCAGUAGUCAGAAGCUGCUGAAUGUCGAGGAGGAUGAGGCCGGUCGUUUGAAGAGAUUCAGAGGCCGCUUCGGUCGUGGCUGGGAUGCCGAGGCUGCAGCCGGUGCCGAAGAGGUCAGAGACGGCGAAGAAGCUCUUACUCCAGAGGAAUCAGAAGAGUCUCUUCUCGACCUCAUCUCGAACUACGGCAACGAGGCCGACGCCCAGGGCGAAGCUGCAGGCAAGAAGGAAGAGGUCAAGUCAAGCGGCAAGGGCAAGGGUGGUCAGAAGUAA